GGCCGGACAUUAAAAGCGGGGGGACCUCAGCGGCUAACAGCAGUUAAUCCUCUCAGGAGUCGCCGCGUCCUUCAGUAGCAUGAAAACCAUGUUAGCGAUCAUUUCCAACGCGCUGUGCAGGAUCACCGGGAAGAACGCGGGAGCCCAAACGGUGUCGGAGCUGCUGAUUGGCCUGUCAGAGUACGUCAAUCUAACGUCUCCACCGGCGGCGGCGGCCCGGCGGCUCCCACCUAAACCUCCACCACCACCAGGCGGCGCUGCGCCGUUAGUUAGCGCCCAGACCGACCAGCCAGACGGCGCCAGGGUGGUGGUCUCCCGCUCGCUGUCAGACUUCACCCCCCAGGCGACCUUUGACAUCAAGAGAUGCGACCUGCACGGCCUGGAGGCGGGGCCUCCUGUGAGGGCGGAGCUGACCAGGGAGCAGGGCCUGCAGUAUUACCGCACCAUGCAGACGGUGCGCCGCAUGGAGCUCAAGGCCGACCAGCUCUACAAGCAGAAGAUCAUCCGGGGCUUCUGCCACCUCUACGACGGCCAGGAGGCGUGCGCCGCCGGCAUCGAGGCCGCCAUCAACCCCUCGGACCACCUGAUCACGGCCUACCGCGCCCACGGCUUCACCUUCACCCGCGGCGUUCCCAUCAAGGAGAUCCUGGCUGAGCUCACAGGGCGGAAAGGAGGCGUGGCCAAAGGGAAGGGCGGCUCCAUGCACAUGUACGCGCCUCACUUCUACGGAGGCAACGGGAUCGUGGGCGCACAGGUGCCGCUGGGAGCCGGCAUCGCUCUGGCCUGCCAGUACCAGGGCAACAACCAGAUCUGCGUCACGCUGUACGGAGACGGAGCGGCCAAUCAGGGCCAGAUCUUUGAGACCUUCAACAUGGCCGCCCUGUGGAAGCUGCCCUGCAUCUUCGUCUGUGAGAACAACAAGUACGGCAUGGGGACGUCGGUGGAGCGGGCGGCCGCCAGCACCGACUACUACAAGCGAGGCGACUUCAUCCCGGGACUCAGAGUGGACGGGAUGGACGUGCUGUGCGUCAGGGAGGCCGCCAGGUUCGCCGCCGACCACUGCAGAGCCGGAAAGGGGCCCAUCGUCAUGGAGCUGCAGACCUACCGUUACCACGGACACAGCAUGAGCGACCCGGGCGUCAGCUACCGGACCAGGGAGGAGAUCCAGGAGGUGCGCAGCAAGAGCGACCCCAUCUCCAUGCUGAAGGAGAGGCUGCUGGGAAACAACAUGGCGUCCGCAGAGGAGCUGAAGGAAAUCGACAUCCAGAUCCGUAAGGAGGUGGAGGACGCGGCCCAGUACGCGACCUCUGACCCCGAGCCGCCGCUGGACGAGCUCUGCAACCACGUCUUCGCCAGCAGCCCGCCGCUGGAGGUCCGCGGAACCAACCCCUGGGCCCGGCUCAAGUCCGUCAGCUGAACCCGCCCAGAACCGGGUCCAGCGCCGGGUCCACUCAGGCAGAACCAGAAGCAGACGAUCCAGCCGUGGGUUCUGGGUCCCGUGAAACCUGCCAGUAUUUCUGUAGAGCUUUAGUAGAAUUUAAGUUAUUUUCUGUGUUGCACACCGGGACCAGGCUGCUAGCGCCGCAGAACCAGAAACACGGACUUUAUCCGGGUCCGCUUCCUGUAAAAGAUGUUUGGUUCUGUCCCGCAGACCCGGCUGGAGGUUCCUGUUUAGCUGAAGUCCUGCAGAAGUUUUAAAAGGUGUGAAAGUCGACCUUCAGGUUUUAGGAGCCGGUUUUUACCUUUUUUUUUUUUUUUUUUUUUUAAACUGAGCGGUCAGAGUUCUGCUGACUUAUCGGAACCAUUUCUGGGUCCAAUUCUUCCCUAAAGUCUCCCUCAGCAGGUCAGAACCAGAAACUUCAGGCGUUCUGAAGAAGUUCCCACUUUCUCCUCCAGAAACGCUGAAGCUGCGUUCCUUUAUUUCAGAGCUUUAAACUCAGCAUUAAGACACAUUUAAGCUCAGUUUUAUGCAGGAACUUUAAAUAUUUGUGUAUUUAGUUAAUAAUAAUGUGACAUCCUUUAUGCACCUAUUUAUUGUUAUUAAGCUUGUACAGAAAGUUUAUUUAUGUGACUUUUGAACGAUGUCAACUAUGAGCUGUGAGGGUUAGUAUGAAAUAAAUUAUGAUGAAAGUG